AUGACCACAUACACCAUCAAAGUUCAUAACAAGAGUGAUGCCUCCCAGCACUUCUUGCUCUUCAACGAGAAACCGACGUCCUCAAACAACAUUAGCCAGCUCUGGACCAAUGUUUGGGUUAAGUCUGGCGUUACAGAUCAUCCUAACGGCACGGCCACAUUCAAGAUCACCUCUAAAUUUUAUGGCGUAUGUGGGACGACCGAUACCGCUUUUGCGAGCGGUGUCAGUGUCUCAACGAGUGACUGGGCCGACGUGAAUAUCACGACGAGCAGCUCCAAUGGAACCAAGCUCCAAAUGAAUGUCGAAGAUGAUGGGCCAGUCUUUGAUAGUUCAGCCGUUUCGACCACUUCUACGACUGGUAGUUUUGCCAUCAAUACAAAUUCUUUCGAUUCGACCCAGCAUGAGAACGUCUACUGCGGCUUGGGUAGGCAAAGCGCUCACGACUCAGAGGACAUUAUUCCGGUUGCGGUCUGGACUGCAAAACCCAGCCAAGACUACGAAAUAGCGCCUGUCCAGAAGUUUUUCAUUGCGACGGGCACCUAUAGCGAAGGUGAUGUUGUCAACGUCGCCGACUUGGGGCAGACAGUAGUCAUCGACUUCACCAGCACUACCUAUACGAACGCUUCUACCGACUUCACGACCGAGUACAAAUACACCAGCCCCAAGUAUUCCUAA